AAAAUGUCCACAGGGUAAAGAUGCGCCGAUUGUUGAUUAGUUUGAUUUGUUAGUGUAAUGACAAAAGUGUUAAUGUUUACAAGCAGAAGAGAAUCCCGCAGAUUCGAAAUAUUAAAAAGAAUUCAGUGAAAUUUAAGACGCAUUUAUGAUACAAACAGCAUUCUAACGUUGGAUUGGAUAAUUGAUCUCUGCCUAUAUUCAUCGAGAGCCAAAUGAUGAACCACCUGUAUCUGAUAGUGCUGACGUUUCUGCAUUUAUCCUUCGAAAUUUCGUGUACUAGUGAUAAUUAUCGAAUAUAUAAUCUCUAUCAAGAAGGAAUUUGCAGAGCUCCCCGCCUUCCAUUAUUCGACAAAGUUUUGGCUCGGGACGACCCAAUACAGCUUCGUGAUCCUAACAAGGGUUAUAUAUUUAGGCAAAGUUGGAAUUCUUCUUCCUUCAAACGAAUUUCGUACUGUAGGUUCUACCUCCAAGCUCCGGAAGGUAUGGGCUUGUACAUAUUAGUCCGUGAGACACAGUUGCGAAAAAAUGUCAACGGCCAAUGCAUCGAUACGAUAGAAGCGAAAUUUAAUGGACGAAAGUACCAAUUUUGUGAUUCCUUUGAAGACGAAAAUUUCCCGAAAGGAUUUCGAACUGACGAAGCGGUACGAAUAACGAUUAAUCUAGACAAAAUGAAACCGCUAGAUCACGUCGAAGAUGAACUGUCUGUAGAACUGGUUGUUACCAUUUGGAAAGAAUGCGGUCCUAAAAAGCUCAUCCCGUGUUCUGAGUCUUGUAUAAGUUCACAAUUUCAAAACGACGGCAUCAUAAACUGUCCGACCUGCACUGACGAAAUGGGUUGCCGAAGAGAGCAAAAGGAAGUGGAAAUGAUCAACCCAACGAACGUAAUUUUCAGUGCGGUCGUUUCAUUGCUAGUGACAAUGUUCGGAUUUGGAGGGCUUCUAUGGUGUUUGUUCAAACAUCGGCGCCGAAUUGUCGGAUGUAGCUCGAGCUCGUCAGGAAACGAUGAACGAAAUCAAUCAUCAUCGAGGGGAGAUGUAACGCUGCCUGAUCUUAACUUCAGUGCACAGAGCACGACCGGAGGAAAUGACUUGGCUGCACCAAGUGCCCCAGAAGAGAUGGACGAUCUGCCACCGAGCUACGAAACGCUUUUCAAUCCCGUUGAGAAAGAAAGAAUUACUUAAAUUUCGAAUAUUUACCAAGACCAUAAACUUAUCAAGUUGUGUUACAAAUGAAACGUAUUAGUUUUAAAUUAUUUAACUUCUAAGAUUCUCUCUUGUGUUAUUUUUAUUCUACCCACUCGAAUACGAAUGCGAAUAUGAAGUUAUGUAACAUCUUGUACAUAUCAAUAAUUAUAAAUGAAUCUCAAUAAAAAAUACUGACUUCCGAUUCUUAUAGAA